AUGAAGGCAUGGAUCAUCAGCGCGCUGGUGGGCGCUGCCUGCUUGGCCAUCGGCCUCCUGCUGGGGCAUUUUGCCAUCCCGAAGGACGGGGGCACGGUGCAGGGAGAGGUUGCCACCCAGGACAUCGAUGAGGAGCUGCUCCAGAGCUUCAUGGACCAGAUCGACCCCCGGAAGAUCGAGGAGAACCUGAGGGUCCUCACCAAGAAGCCACACAUGGCCACCAGCGCAGGAGACAUAGAUCUGGUGAAGCUGCUGCUGGACAGGUGGAGCGACCCCGACUCGGGACUGGACGAGGCCAAGAAGGUGACGUACAAUGUACUGCUGUCCUUUCCGCAGAAGGCCAAGCCCAACUCAGUGACUGUGGUCUCCCCCAGUGGGACAGAACUCUUCAGGUCUCGUGUAAAGGAGGUGAAUUACACCCAGGAUCAACUGGACCCAGAUGUGGUGCAGCCCUUUGCUGCUUUUGCGCCUAACGGAACAGCGAAGGGUAAGCUGGUGUACGCCAACCAUGGGAGCAUGGCGGACUUCCAGCACCUGAUUCAGAAACAUCACAUUGACCUCAACGACACAGUGGCCAUCGUCAAGUACGGAGGCACGGGCCGGGUGGACAAGGCCAUCAAUGGAGCCCACUUCGGGGUGGUGGGCAUCAUCGUCUACACGGACCCGGCGGACAUGAACGACGGCAAAGUUAGCGAUGUGAACGAGACCUACCCCCACUCCUGGUAUCUCCCGCCCUCCGGUGUCGAGCGGGGAUCGUACAAGAAAUACUUCGGUGACCAGCUGACCCCCUACUACCCUGCGAAAGACUAUACAUUCAGACAGAAGGAAUCCGACGUCAAGGGCCUCUCGCCCAUUCCCGCCCAACCAAUCGGCUUUGAGGAUGCCCGUCAGCUGAUCUGUUCCCUGGGUGGAGAUGUAGCCCCGAUCCAGUGGCAGGGCGGACUCGGCUGUACGUAUCGACUGGGACCCGGAUUCGCAAGUCAGAGCUCCUUCCAGGCCAGCGACGUGCAGGUCAGCGUCUUCAACCAGCGGGAGGUGAGACCGGCAGACAACGUGAUCGGAAUUAUCCGCGGGAACGUGGAGCCAGACCGCUAUGUCCUCUACGGGAACCACCGCGACAGCUGGGUGCACGGCGCCAUCGACCCCAGCAGCGGAACGGCAGUGAUGCUGGAGAUCAGCAGGGUCCUGGGCAAGAUGGUGAAGGAGGGGAAAUGGCGUCCGCGACGCUCGAUCAUAUUCGGCAGCUGGGGCGCGGAGGAGUUUGGGCUCAUCGGCUCCACGGAGUGGACGGAGGAGUUCUACCGGAUACUGACCCAGAGGGCAGUGGCCUACAUCAAUGUCGACAUCGCUGUGUUUGCCAACGCCACGCUACGGGCCCUGGGAUCUCCCGUUGUGCAGAAGGUGGUUUUUGACGCAGCAAAAAAGGUCCCGGCGCCCGGACACGCAGAUCUGACCGUCUACAGUAACUGGAUAAAGUACUCCAACCGGACGAGUGCCCAGCACGGCCUCAUCCCCUCCAUGACUUCCCUGGGCUCAGGCAGUGACUACGCCUCCUUCUUCCACUACCUGGGCAUCAGCUGCAUGGACAUCGCCUACACCUUCGACAGGUCCGCGACCAGUGCUCGGAUUUACCCGGCCUACCACACCGCGUUUGACACCUUUGACUACGCUUCUCGCUUCAUCGACCCAGGGUUCAGCAGCCACCAAGCCGUGGGCAGGACAGCAGGGAAUGUUCUCCUGAGGUUGGCAGACAGCGCUCUCCUUCCGCUAGACCCCGGUGACUACGUGGAGGCCAUCCGGGAACUCUUAGGGACCGCAGAGAAGGAGCUGGGUUCCCAGCUGGACAAGCAGAAAAUCUCCCUGGAACCCCUGCAGAAAGCAGUCGAGCGACUGAACAGCCAGUAUCAAUCGUUCAGCAAGCGUCUCGCCCAGCUGGAGGACCUCCGCAAGAGACCCCUGGAGCUCCGGAGGGUAAAUGAUCAGCUGAUGCUUCUGGAAAGAUCAUUCCUCGACCCCAACGCCUUCCCAGACCAGCGCUACUACCGCCAUGUCCUCUACGCCUCGCGGAGCUCUCCCGUGCGGACAUUCCCGGGGCUGGCCGACGCCGUGCAGCAGGCCCUGGCAUCACCGGAACCUUCCGCCUGGGACGCUGUCCGAAGACACCUGACCAUCCUCAUCCAUGCGCUGGACAGUGCGGCCUCCACCCUCGACGGUCCACUGCCCGACUAACGGACCGGGCAAUUCCCCUCGCCCCGUGCUCCCUCGCUGCGUAACUCCCUCACGAAGCCGGCCAUCCCGUCACGGUAG